GAGCUGCGAACUAAAUGGGAAGUGAGUUCGACAUCAUCCGGAGUCAUCUGGAGAUCAUAAGGGUUUAGUGACAGAAAAGGAAGUUAAACGAGAAGAAAAGUUACUAGAGUUGAUUCAAGACAAAAGUAAGUGAAGAAACAAGAUUAGAGUAAGAAUCAGAAGCGGUAAAGAUGAUCGCUUCACAUCUCCUGGCGUACUACGUUACUGAGCUCCAUCAUGACCAGGUGCAGAAAGUGGAUCGCUUCCUGUACCAUCUCCGUCUGUCCAACGAGAACCUGAUGGACAUAUCCCAGCGCUUCCGGAGGGAAAUGGACAAAGGCCUGGGCAGGGACACCAACCUCACCGCCGCGGUCAAAAUGCUGCCCACAUUCGUGCGCUCCACACCUGACGGCACAGAAAAAGGCGACUUCCUGGCGCUGGACCUCGGAGGGACAAAUUUUCGAGUCCUUCGUGUUAAAGUUUCCUCAAACGGCAAACAGACCGUGGAGAUGGAGAACCAGAUUUAUGCCAUUCCAGAGACAAUGAUGAGGGGCAGCGGGACUGAGCUCUUUGAUCACAUCGCUGAAUGUUUGGCUAACUUCCUGGAGAAACUGGGCAUCAAAGAGCAGAAACUGCCGCUGGGCUUCACCUUCUCCUUCCCCUGCCAGCAGACCAAACUGGACGAGAGCAUACUAGUGUCGUGGACCAAGGGCUUUAAGGCGAGCGGGGUGGAGGGGAAGGACGUCGUGGAGCUGCUGAGGAAAGCCAUCAAGAGGAGAGGGGACUUCGACAUUGACAUUGUUGCUGUGAUCAAUGACACUGUGGGCACCAUGAUGACCUGCGGCUUCGACGACCACCACUGUGAGAUCGGCCUUAUCGUGGGUACGGGUACGAACGCAUGCUACAUGGAGGAGAUGAGGAACCUGGAGCUGGUGGAGGGAGACGAGGGCCGCAUGUGUGUGAACAUGGAGUGGGGAGCGUUUGGAGACGACGGAGCUCUUGAUGACAUUCGCACAAACUUCGACCUCGAGAUCGACGCCGGAUCAUUGAACCCCGGCAAACAGCUGUUUGAGAAGAUGAUCAGUGGGAUGUACAUGGGUGAGCUGGUGCGCAUCAUCCUGGUGAAGAUGGCUAAAGAGGGACUGCUGUUUGAGGGGCGAACUACACCUGAGCUGCUCGUCACCGGUCACUUCAAAACCAGCUUCAUCUCAGCCAUUGACAAUGACAAGAGUAAGGAAGGCCUGGUGUGUGUGGAGCAGGUUCUGCGUGAUCUGGGCCUGGAUCCAUCUCCUGAGGACUGCAUGGCGGUGCAGCGCGUAUGUCAGAUCGUGUCGACACGAGCGGCUCACCUGUGUGCGGCGUCGCUCGCCGCCGUGCUGCGCCAAAUCCGUGACAACAAGGCGGUGGAUCGGCUGCGCACUACAAUCGGCGUUGAUGGAUCUGUUUACAAGAACCACCCGCAGUUUGCGCGACGGUUACACAAGAUGGUUCGCUGUCUGGUGCCUGACUGUGACGUGCGUUUCAUGCGCUCGGAGGACGGCAGUGGGAAGGGUGCCGCCAUGGUAACGGCGGUGGCCUACAGGUUGGCGAAGCAGCACGCCGAGCGCCAGCAGGUCUUGGACACGCUGAGACUCAGCCGAGAACAGCUGAUGGAGGUGAAGAGGAGGAUGGAGGUGCAGAUGAAGAGGGGACUCGCUCAGGACACCCACAACUCGGCAUCCGUCAAAAUGCUUCCCACCUACGUCAGAGCCACACCCGACGGCACAGAGCAUGGAGAUUUCCUGGCACUGGAUCUCGGUGGGACGAACUUCCGUGUGCUGCUGGUUCGAGUGCGCAGCGGGAAACGGCGCAGUGUAGAGAUGCACAACAAGAUUUACACCAUCUCACAGGACAUCAUGCAGGGCACGGGGGAAGAGCUGUUUGAUCACAUCGUCCACUGCAUCGCUGACUUCCUGGAGUACAUGGGAAUGAAGGGUGCAUCGUUACCUCUGGGAUUCACCUUCUCUUUUCCCUGCCAUCAAGCUGGAUUGAACAAGGGCAUUUUGCUGAAGUGGACAAAGGGCUUUAAGGCCAGCGGCUGUGAAGGUGAAGACGUAGCGAUGCUGCUCACAGACGCCAUCCAUCGCAUGGAGGAGUUUGAUCUGGACGUUGUUGCCGUGGUGAACGACACGGUGGGGACGAUGAUGUCGUGUGGAUACGAGGACCCUCAGUGUGAAGUGGGGCUCAUUGUAGGUACGGGUACGAACGCAUGCUACAUGGAGGAGAUGAGGAACGUGGAGCUGGUGGAGGGAGACGAGGGUCGCAUGUGUGUGAACAUGGAGUGGGGAGCGUUUGGAGACGACGGUGAGCUCGACGACAUCUGCACACAGUACGACCACGCUGUGGACGAAAACUCCACCAAUCCUGGCAAACAGAGGUUUGAGAAGAUGAUCAGCGGUAUGUACCUCGGGGAGAUAGUCAGGAACGUCCUGCUGGAUUUCACUGCGAAAGGUCUGCUGUUCCGAGGGAAACUCUCAGAGAGACUGAAGACCCGCGGCAUCUUUGAGACCAAGUUUCUUUCUCAAAUUGAGAGUGACCGUCUGGCUCUGCGGCAGGUUCGCUCCAUCCUGCAGCACUUGGGUCUCACCAGUAGCACGUGUGACGACAGCAUUCUGGUGAAGGAGGUGUGCAGUGUGGUGUCUCAGAGAGCGGCUCAGCUUUGUGGUGCUGCGCUCGCCGCCGUCGUCGACAAAAUCCGUCAGAACCGCAACCUGAACUCGCUCAGCAUCUCCGUGGGAGUCGACGGAACCCUGUACAAGCUUCACCCACACUUCUCCAGCAUCCUGCAGGAGACUCUGCGAGAUCUGGCGCCCCAGUGCGAUGUCACUCUCCUCCAAUCAGAGGACGGCAGCGGGAAGGGCGCCGCCCUGAUUACAGCUGUAGCCUGUCGCUUGAAAAACGAAUAAGUGCGGCGUCAUGCGCCGAGAGGAAGAUGGACAGGAGGAGAAAAAAAUAAAAAGGAAAAGGAUUGACUUGAGCUUGAAACUGUGUUCUUCCAGAAAUGAUCAGCGCUGUACUGAAACUGUGUGUGUGUGUGUGUGUGUGUGUGUGAGAAGGGGGUGCUAGAGGGAUCAUGUGACCUGAAUGGUAAUUUAUUUGGAACAUUACUGUAUCAUUUGCUUAUUAGUGACUGGAGAGAUUUACAUUUUGUUCUUGAAGGCCUGGUUUCCAGAACAUCUCUGAGCAGUUCUCCUCACGGUUCUCCUCACGGUUCUCCUCACGGUUCUCCUCACGGUUCUUCUCACACCCGUGAGGCUUCUGGAGCUUCUCCGUCGUGUUCGGCCUAGCUACUCACCGGCUGCUUCGAUCAUCAUCGUUAUAGUAAUCAUUAUUAUUAUUAUUUUGGACUCGGAUGAGGACGAUGAUGAUGCUCAAAAUGGCUCCGUGAUCCUGCUUUCUUUCUCGCGACGUAUUUAAACCGAGCUAUAUAGAUAUAUUUGUAAAAUUACCGAUUUGAUUGAAGCAUAAAUCGGUUGAAUUAAUAUUAGUGAUGAUGACGAGGCAUCAGGUGACAAACCUCCCACAGACAGUGAAGUGUUUGUGUUAAAAUGCUGAAAUCAAAAUAAACCAGUCAGACAGAGACACCUGAACCUGUUCAUGAUCCACAGUGCAGCAGUAGAACAGCUCUCCAGUGUGCAGAAGAGUCUGUGGGUAUCUCUGUGGGUAUCUCUGUGGGUAUCUGUGGGUAUCUGUGGGUAUCUCUGAGGGUAUCUUUGAGGGUAUCUCUGUGGGCAUCUCUGAGUGUCUGAAGGUUUCUCUGAAGGUAUGUUAUCUGUGUGGUAUCAGAGAACUCGUUACGAUCCUCAAAUUAUUCAUUUAUGAAUUUAUUAAUAAAUAAUCAGUCAUUAAUAAGUCA